AUGUCUUCCCUUUUGAGAGGAGGAACAGCAGUUCGCAAUACAGUUUCGAAGCUCCUCAGAGGAGGAACUGUUCUUAUUCAUGGCGAGAAGGACCGUGUAUCCUCCCAAGUAGCCGAUGUCCUCAUUGAGGGAGACAGGAUCUCCAAAAUAGACGCCUCCAUCCCUGUGCCAGCUGGGUGCCAGGUGAUAGACUGUACCGAUAAGAUCAUCUCCCCUGGUUUUGUGGAUACACAUCGCCAUGUUUGGCAGUCGCCCCUCAAGGGAUUCUUCGGCGACACAGCUCUUUUUCCCUAUCUGGCAAUCGUGAUUGCCGCCGGGAUGGAACUUAAGGCAGAAGACAUGUUUUGGGCGAAUCUAGCAGGCAAUAUGGAAUCUAUCGACGCCGGAACAACCACCACCCUGGAUCAUGCUCAUAUGAACUGGUCCAAAGAUCACAGCUGGUUCGCAAUAGCCGGAACGAUCUCUUCGGGCAUACGCUCGAUUUUCGGCUAUACUCCGGUCUCCAUUGUUGCCAGCACAAAGCCGAAGAUUGAAUUCUCGCCCGAGCCUUUGCCUAGUUGGAUCAUGGCAACCUUUGAACAGAUUGCCACAUCGCAGCCACUCAAGGACCCUGAUUCUCGUGUUCAAUUGGGAUUCGGUUUUGACUUCUACCAUCUUCCCAAAGACGUUGUCUUGGGAGUUUUCCAAAAAGUCAAGUCCCUGGGCACGAGGAUAAUCACAUCACACUUCAUCCAAAACUUUAUCAAAGAUAGUGAGAGUCUACCUGUCCUGUUGAAGUCUUAUGACCUUUUACAUAAAGGCAUCGUGUUUUCCCAUGGCGGCGGAACUACCCCCGAAGAUGUCAAAUUACUGAACGAUGCAAACUGCUUUUUCUCUGCUACGCCAAACACCGAGCUUGCCAUGGCAGUCGGACCUCCAGUCUGCUUCCGGAAAGACCUUCCUGGUGUUGAUAGAGUAUGCUCUCUGGGUGUCGACUGUCACUCAGCAACAAGCGGCAGUAUGGUGAAUGAGAUGCGAAUGGCAUUGCAGACAGCAAGAGGCAUUGAAAGUGAAGCUCACAUCCGAAGCGGCAUAUGGCCAAGAGAGGUGACAGACAAAACUUCCCAUGCCUUCAACUUGGGCACUAUCCAGGGUGCCCGUGCGCUGCGCAUGGAGCAUGAAAUUGGUAGCAUUGCAGUGGGCAAAAAGGCGGAUCUGGUGAUAUUCGACUCUUUGAGUCCUGCUAUGAUCGGUGUUGCUCAGCGGGAUCCUGUCAUGGCUAUUGUACUACAUUCCACAAUACGUGAUGUCAACACCGUGCUUGUGGAUGGAGAGGUGAGAAAGGAAAAUGGCCAACUGUGUCCAGUCAAGGGUACUGAGUGGAAUAGCAAGACCGGUUUCUUGCAAACAAACCAGAAUAUUCACUGGCAGGAGGUGGCAGAUCGAAUUUUGGCUAUACAAAGGAGGCUAGUGUCUAAGACUCCGGGCCCUCUUCUCUUCCAGAUAGAAGAUCAUGUUCGCGAGCUUUUUGGCCACAAGCCCAGCUCUUCGAAGAUUUGA